GGAAGCCGUCGGCGGGUGAGGCAGCGCGGCUGGUGGCCUCGAGCGAGAGAAGUGGCAGCCGUCGGCGGGAUGGGGGUGAUUGCCCCGCUGUGCCUUGUACUUCUUUGGGGAUGGGUGCCCGUCUUGGCGGGGCUGAGGCUUCUGAACACCCAGCCGCCUUUCAACUGCUCUCAGACGGGUCUGCACUGCAUUGUGAGAAACAGUAGCUGCUUGGAUAAGACCUGGCUUGUGGGUUCACAAUGGACUCCCUCAGCUCCAAGAUCUCUUGAUGUCCGUGCAGAGGUUCUCCCUGGUGAGGGGGGAGAACUGCUUCCUGUGCUGAAUAUACAGUGGAAGGUGGCAACUGAUGGAAGUAUUCGAAUCCUUCAAGGAGCAGAGUUAAAUGUACUGCAGGUGACCAGUAACCGGCAUGUCUGUGUUCAGUUCGAUUUUCAGAACAACCUUUUAGACCAAGUCAGACCAGAUGAUGGACGUCCGUGGAAUUUCUCUUUCAAUCAUUUUGUGGUGCAGCCAGGUCAGAGAUACCAAGUCACUGUCCAUCACCUGCCCAAAUUAAGCACUGAUGGUGACCAAAAUUACAGAAACCAGUCAUAUACAGUACCAGGUUGCACGAAUCCUGCCAUGAAAAUGACUGCUCCAUGUCUGCAAAUAGGUAGCCUGUGGGAGCCAGACAUUGAAGGGACAAGCCUAGGUGAUGAUUCUGUUGUGGUGAGCUUUAACCCAGCACUGGAUCCAGCCAGGUAUUGCAUCCGUGUGAUCAGUUUUCAAGAUGAAAAGGAAUGCAAGACAAGCACAAAAGAGAUCUCAGAGGAAGAGCUGCAGCCGCGGCUGAAUGUCACCAUAGAAAUAGAGAGAAACUUGAAGGCUUGUUGCUCAUACAAAGUGGAGAUCCAGCCAUUCUUUGCUGCUUGUGGCACAGAUUGUCGAAGGCAUUUUGCUUCCAUCCCAUGUCCUCCACCUGCUUUCCUCCCUACAAAAAAUGAUGACGGAAUGCCUACAACUGAUUCUUCAGUAUGGGUGUCCUGGUGCAGCACUCUUGUCUGCUUUUUAGUAGUCGGGACUAUCGUUGCUUGGGUUUUUUGCCAUGCUCGGAGAUAUAAAGGACCACUUUCUGGAACAAGUAGUGAUGAUGGUGCACACCAUGAUCUGCUGCACAUGUCACAGCCCGCCCCACUCCUGAAGCCCAGCAAGGUUUGGAUUGUGUACUCUGCCGAUCACAAGCUCUAUGUCGACAUUGUGAUCAAGUUUGCUCAGUUCAUGUUCACGGAGUGUGGAACUGAGGCGGUCUUGGACCUGCUGGAGGAUCAUGAGAUUUCCAAGGUGGGAGCCAUGCGCUGGCUCACCCGCCAAAAGCACGAAAUGGAAGCCCACUCCUCCAAGAUCAUUAUCUUGUGUUCUCGAGGUACGCAAGCCAAGUGGCAAGCCAUGCUCGGGCAUAAGGAAGGGUCUGUCUCUCUCAGACAGGAUAACCUGCUGCCCAUGGGAGACAUGUUCACUCCCGCUCUGAAUCUGAUCCUGCCAGACUUCAAGCAGCCAGCUUGCUUCGGCACAUACCUGGUCUGCUAUUUCGAGGGCAUAAGCAACGAAAGGGAUAUCCCAGACCCCUUCAACGUCACCUCCAAGUACCAGCUGAUGGACAAGUUUGAAGAAGUUUACUUCCUGAUUCAGGAUAUGGAGAAGUUUGAGCCAGGGCGGGUCCAUCAGAUUCCAGAGAUCUCUGCUGAAAAGUUUGCCGAAAGCCAGAGCGGCAGGAAACUGAAAGAAGCUGUGCAGAGGUUCAAGGAAUGGCAGGUCGAGCACCCUGAUUGGUUCGAAAAAGAAAACACUAGCUGUGAGGGAGAGGAUGACCUGCAGUCUCUGAAUGGGGAGCUUUGUGAGGAUUUAACGCUGGACAGGGGGGGGAUUUUGAAACGGCAACUACUCCCACGGGAGCCUGAGCCCAACAGCUGUUGCCUGGUCAACCUCUGCAUCAAUGAAGAUGAGCUUGGAACCUGUAAGCUGCUUCCCCAGCUUCUUCCACAAGAACAUCCGGCAUUCCAAACCCUGAUCAUUCCUGCAAAAGACGAGACUUCUCCAGUCCAGGUAGUAGAGCUAGUUGAUCUUGCAGAAGAAAGAGAGGUGAUCAGCCAUCAGCUGUUGACCAGCGAAGAUUGGCUGGAAGGAGGAGACCCAAUGCUGGAGAUGAGCAUGCCAAGGAGGAACAGUGUUGUUCUUCAAGAAGAACUAUCCUCCAAUGCCCAGCCCCUACCAGAUGAUGUAAGGCAACAGCUGGAGGGACUAAUGUUUUCUCUCUAUCACCAAAGCGUUGUGUUUUCAGAACCGCCUAUCAGCCAGGAAGUUGUUAAUGAACAAGAGCCACCCCUGGUUUUCGAGGAUAUGCGCAAAGAUCAGAGGCAGUCAAUGCAAUCGGACCAGGGUUACAUUUCCAGAUGUUCUCCUUUGCCUUCAGAUGGCCCUGUUGAAGAAGAGGAGGAGGAGGAGGAGGAGGGAAAAGAUCAGGAAAGCCACAGAGAUGCUGAGCAUAUCUCUCCAGAUGUCUUGGACAGCCUGAAGAGUCUUCAGCAGCAGCUGUUUUUCCAGGACAUUCAGCAGAACUCCUGUUGGAGCUGCAAAGCAGGGAGAAUGGGUGCUCUCUAGAGGUUGCUGACCAGGAUUUGUGGUUUUGGCUAUAGGUUAAGAAUGCAAACAUUCCUGGCUCCCUCAGGCAGCUUUGGGUAGGUGUCUUUAUAGCACACGUUUUGUGUGUGAAGUCUGAUGGACACAUCUGAUGAAUAGCAGCCUUCUGGCAGUGGCGCUGAACUCAUCCACACGUUUUAUUGACAGCAUCUUCUAGAAUAUCUCACGUUCCCUCAAUCUAUCUGUGAAUGGCGAACAAUCUUACAUAUAGAUUUAUGCAGAUAAAUUGACAUGGCACACUGCCACUUGGGAGCACAAGAACAUUCAGUGGGGCAGAGGUAGAACCCAUGAGGCUGGCUCUGUUUGUUGACCCUCCAAAGCAGUUGGCUGGUCACUUUCUGAGACAGGAUGCUGAACUAGAUGGUCUGAUCCUGCACUGAUGGUAGAAUGCAAGAACUGUGGAUAUUGCAGCUGGCUUAGUCCAUGUAGUAACAAAUAAUCGAUUGUUGUAAGAAAAGUCCUUCAAGACAGAUGUUGAGUCUUGUUCCCCAGGAAGCACUUGAACUCUGGGUUAUUUCAGUUUAGGAUCAAUAAGGUAAAACACUCCUGUAUCAAUCUGAAGUCCUGCAUGGAGUAAUUGUUCAGUUUCAUUUUAAGUACUGCAGUACUUAAUUUUCUGUCUCCAGCCCGAGUUAAGGAUUUUUCCAGGGACUGAAUUUGGCAGACUUCAUAAUCAAGUUGUAGUUGAAGAAUAAUUCAGAUUGCUUAAGCAGUCUUCUACAAGCACCUAGGGGUUUUUUUACAAUGGGGGUGCCUUUUGUUCAUUGUGUAAUGUGUGCUGUGCACCGGGAUGCUGACUUGGCCAGGGAUGCAGGCAGAUGAGAGGGAACAGUUGAGCAGUACAAGAAGAGGGGGAUUAACUUUCUAGCCACUUAGCUAGUCUUUCAAACAUUGCUGAAUUCAAGCCCAAUGUCAGAAGCUAAGCAGGGCCACCCUUGGCAAGUACUUGGGGUGAGAGACUUCCUUCGUAUACCAGGACCCAGAAGGCAGAGGCAGCCUGUAUCAAGCCACUUCUCUGAAUGUCCUCCAUGCCUCAGUAGGGGUUGCCGGAAAUCACCAUGAUUUCCAUGCAUGCACACAGGCACACACACACAAAGGAAAGCUGGAUGUAGAUGGGAACUGAUGAUGGAUCUGAUACAGCUUAAUAUAAUGUAUUGCACUCUUUUUUGGCAAAGCCAUAUUGUGGACUGCCCUUGACCAAAGUAGGUUCUUCACAUCUCCUUGAGAUGGACUUCCAAAGUUGAUUAAUCACUGCUUAUAAGAAGCUGAAAGGUUACUUGGACUUCAUGCACAUCGUUGACAAAUUCAAUACAAGCUUACUGAGCAGCAGCUCCCAUGGUGUGAUUUGGGAGAAGAAUGUAUUUCAUUACAUUCUCCUUGCCCCACUGGUCUUUUGGCUUGGAAAUUACACUGUGUUUGAAUAAAAUAUUAGCACACUUGGUGCUUGUCCCAUAGGUUUAUGCAGCAAACCUGAAGUGUUUCUCUGCCUCUUCCACUGGCAGCUGUUAAUAGCUUUUGAUUAUGCAACAAUGUAUUUUGUAAGCACUUCUCUAGCUCUUUUUGUUAAAUAUUUGUAAGUACAGAGAGUAAUUUUGGUAUGCUGUAUGCUAGUUAGUCUACACUUAUUGGUUUUUUCUACUUUUAUGUGUUUCUUUUUCCUUGCAAGGAAAAUAAUGUACAGUUGUAUUUGCUCACUGGAAGGUGAAUGAAUGGUUGCCAAAGUGUUAGCCUUGAAUACAGCAUUUCUACCCAGAAUACAUCAUGCUUGGAGGGAAUGGCAGUGACUCAGUAAAGCUGAGACUGGUAUUCCACAGGCACUGUUUGUAGAGACACAUCGUUGUGUCUUCUGUCACAGAGAUACGCUUCCAAGAUAUUAAAGAAGUUUCUAGGCUCCAGGUGUGCUGCUCCUUCCCUCUGUCUUUCCUACCCAAAGGCUCAAGUGACAGAGGCAGUGCAAGCAUUUCAAGGCCUCAAAUAUGAAUUCCAGUGAGGUUUUCAAUGAACUUCAAAAUUCUUACCUACAGAAUCAGUAGGAUGGUUCUUUUCAAAAAGUGUGAGGAUUGUCAAGCAAAGAUAGCCCAGAAUGACAAUCAGAUUGCGUCUAGGGAUGAGCACAAGCCUCACCACGAACCAGUUCGUGAGACCUUAGUUCAUGAGGUCGCAUCUCACAUGGACCACCAUUUUUUCCAUGUAUGUUUGUGAGGUUUGAGGCACGGGUACAUGAGCUAGACAGGCUGGUGCUGAUGAAUUGUCAAGGCAACGGGGGCAGGGGAUGGACUUCCGCAGUCUGGAAACACCUGUAAUAGCCCUCCAAAGCUUGACAGGCAGCUCUGGCUGCCAAUAAGAAAGCUCCCAUUCUGCUCAAUGGGAACAGAAUGGAUAUAUACCUCUAGCUCAUACACAGCUCUUGUUACUUGGCACUGGGCAAUUAGGCAGAGAGAGGAGGAGCGCUGGGAACAGUGCUGGUGCUUCAGGGCCUUCUGAGGCACCUGUCCUCCUGCAGCAGCCAGGCAGUGGGGCUCAGCUAGUGACCACAGUCACUUUUAGUGGGAGUCUGCACCUUUCCCUGGCUGGGGUGGUGUCUGGUGAGUUCAGGGCUCCGACUCACCAGCUGUCCCCCUGCUACAGUUCCUGGGCUGAGGAACCACCCUCCUUCCUAAUUGUCUACCCCCCCCCUCUGUGCUCCGAGGGUGAGAGUGAAGGGGCAGGGGUUCUUAUCAUGGGGGAGAGAAGUUCAUCUUUAGGAGAAAGAUGGCAGGCAGUAGAUGGAUUAGUUCAGUGCCUUGUUCUUGAGAAGAUCACCUCUCAGCCUGCUCCCCCUUCCACAAGUGCUUACAAAGGUUCCCCACAGAUAUAAAAGCAGGUUGGUUACUGGAAGGGCUUUUUUUCUGACAGGAACUCCUUUGCAUACCCCUGAUGUAACCAAUCCUCCAAGAGCUUACAGGGCUUAUUGUAAGAUCUUUGAGGACUGGCUGCAUCAGGGGUGUGUGGCUUAAUAUGCAAAACAGAGUUCCUGCUACAAAAAAAGCCCUGGUUACCAGUGACCUUUUUGAGCAGAAAAAAAAAGUAUGUGGGAGAAGAGGUUUUCUUAGUUGCAGAAAUCGUAUCACUCACCUGAUUUUCUUUCCCAAAAGGUAAUAAAACAUGUCAAGAUAAAAA